AUGGCCUUCUACCUGUGUAAUGUAUUUGUGCUCAUUCGGAAGUUACAGUUUACAGCCUUAAGAGCAGGCACCGCUUGCAGCCGUGCGGCUCCCUGCGCUGCCGCCCUCCCGCCAGCAGGGGGCGCCGCCCCGCGCAGCGCGCCGCUCUCCUCCCGGAAGCCUGGCCCCGACCGGAAGUCGCGCGUCGGAGCGUCCUGGAAAGUAGCGGCGUCUACGAGAGCUGCGGCCCAGUUCCCGAGCGGCUACCGGGGGCGCAUGGCCCGUGGGAAGCGCCGCGCCGGGCGCGGGCCGCGCCGCGGGCCUGGGGGCGGCGGGGAGGGGGCCCUGAAGCGGCUAAAGCUAGCAGUGGAGGAGUUCGUGCAGGCGACCUCGGAGGGCGAGACCCCCGGCGGCCGCGAGGGGCCCCGGGCUCAGGGACGCGUGCGCCCGGGCGGGAGGAAAAGCCGCAGGGAGUUGAGGAAGGAGAAGCGGCACCUGAGGAAGGCGCGCCGGCUCCAAAGGACGGCCGGCCCCGCGCAGGGCCCGGGCCCGGGCGGCGGCGGAGCGAGCGGCCCCCGGGCGGAGGCGACGCAGGAGGAGGACGGCCAGCCGUCCCCACGACGGGCCUCGCGGCCGUCCGAGGAGCUGCGACCUCCCCCGGUUCCGGCCAAGGCCGGCCAGGCCCAGGCCAGGGGUCCCCUCGGCAGGACCAAGGCCCCCGCAGCCGCAGUCCGGAAACGGGCACUUCUGGCGGCCAACGAGGAGGAGGACCGAGAGAUCCGAAAGCUGGAGCGGUGCCUCGGCUUGAACAAGCGCAGAAAGAAGGGCGACGGAAGCUCCGUGCCUCUUAGCUUUGCCCGCGAUGGGCUCGACUACAUCCUGGGAGCCCUGGACUCUGGGAAGAGUAGUGGCUGGUAUGAAAGCAGCAGUGAGGAGGAGGAGGAGGAUGCGGGACAGGCACUCCCCGAAGGUGACAGCGAGGACGAACGGGAGCAGCAGGAUGCGGAAGACGAAGGCGAGUGGGCAGCAGACGCGGGAGCGCAGAGCGAGGGGGAGGACCCGCAGGUGGCGGGGGCGGGACAGCUGGAAGCCGGAGGAGCGGACCGGAGGGCGAAGGAGGGAGGGAGGAAGAAGAGAGUCCGUUUUGCCGAAGAUGAAGACAGGAGUGAAAGUUCCGCGGAGGAUGUUGACGCAAACGAUAAGAGUCUUUGUGAAAAUGGUGGAAAGUACAUCCCACCCCACGUGAGGCGAGAAGAGGAGACAGUGGAUGCCCAGAAAAAGGAAGAACUAGAGAGGCUCAAGAAACAGGUCAAAGGUCUGAUUAACAGGCUGAGUGAGCCGAACCUGGCCUCCAUCAGUGGCCAGCUGGAGGAGCUGUACAUGGGCCACAGCAGGAAGGACAUGAGUGACACUCUGACGGGCGUCCUCCUGAGCGCCUGCGCCCCGGACGCGGCCAUGCCCGCCAGGCUGGUGAUGGAGCAUGUCCUCCUGGUCAGCAUUCUUCACUGCACAGUUGGCAUCGAGGUCGGUGCGCACUUUUUGGAGGCUGUGGUGAGGAAGUUUGCUGACGUCUAUAAAAGCGGAUGUGACGGGAAAGAGUGUGACAACCUGUUCGCCAUCAUCGCCCAUUUAUAUAACUUCCACGUGGUACAGUCUCUCCUCAUCUUUGACAUUUUGAGAAAACUUAUUGGAACUUUCACAGAAAAAGAUAUCGAACUGAUCCUGUUAAUGCUGAGAAAUGUGGGCUUUUCCUUGAGAAAAGAUGAUGCUUUGUCGCUUAAGGAACUGAUCACUGAGGCACAGGCCAAAGCCAGCGGGGCAGGCGGCAAGUUCCGGGACCAGACCAGGGUCCGCUUCAUGCUGGAGACGCUGCUGGCCCUGAAGAACAACGACGUGCGGAAGAUCCCGGGCUACGACCCCGAGCCCCUGGAGAGGCUGCGGAAGCUGCAGAGAGCCCUGCUGCGAGGCGCUGGCUCAGGGACAGAGACUCAGCUCCGCGUCUCCUGGGACAGCGUCCUGAACGCCGAGCGGACCGGGCGCUGGUGGAUCGUGGGGUCCGCGUGGAGUGGCGCCCCGAUGAUCGACAGCGGUCAGCAGAAGACCCCGCGGAAGCAGCUCACGGGGACGGUUAGCUCGAAGAUACUGGAGCUCGCCCGAAAGCAGAGAAUGAACACCGACAUCAGGAGAAACAUAUUUUGUACAGUUAUGACUAGUGAAGACUUUCUGGAUGCAUUCGAGAAGCUCCUGAAGCUGGGGCUUAAGGAUCAGCAGGAGAGAGAAAUCGUUCAUGUCCUCAUUGACUGCUGUCUGCAAGAGAGAACGUACAACCCUUUCUACGCGUUUCUGGCGGGCAAGCUCUGUGACUACGCAAGAAGCUUUCAGAUGACAUUCCAGUUCAGCAUAUGGGACAAAUUUCGGGACUUAGAAACUCUGCCAGCCACUAACUUCUCUAAUUUGGUUCACCUGGUGGCCCACUUGUUGAAGACCAAGUCACUGCCGCUUUCCAUUCUAAAGGUCGUUGAAUUCAGUGAAUUGGACAAACCCAGAGUCCACUUUUUACGAAAAGUGUUACAUAUGCUGCUCAUGGAAACGGAAGUUGAAGACCUUGGUUUAAUUUUUGCAAGGGUGUCCGACAGCCCCGCGCUGGGCCUGCUGCGGGAGAGCCUGAAGCUCUUCAUCAGCCACUUCCUGCUGAAGGGCGGGCAGGCCCACGGGGGCGCCAAGGAGGCCAGCGCACUGCGGGAGAGAGCCGAGCUCUGCACCGGGGCCCUGCAGGGGAGGGCGUCCCUGAGGCCGUAGCCAGGGCCUGGGGCCAAGGGGUGCUCAUUCGCCUGCGAUGUGGGGCCGCAGCACAGUCUGUCGUAUUUAAAAUACUCUUAUUUUGGGGCUUCCCUGGUGGCGCAGUGGUUGAGAGUCCGCCUGCCGAUGCAGGGGACACGGGUUCGUGCCACGGUCCGGGAAGAUCCCACAUG